GUUGCCUCCCCAUUCAGGGCAGGGGGAGCUUUCCAGCAGCUUGGACAGCGCGGUGCUCCCCCGGCACCCCACCAGGGCUGUGCUGGCGUCCGGCACUCCCAGCUUCGAGCUCUCGCAGGCUCCCCUCAUGGCUGCUGCAGAGAGCGGUUGCCCCUGCACGAAGGAGGUGAUGGUGGACGUCGACAGCAAGCACCAGCAUGCGAAGCCCCACUGGUACGAGCACUACGUCCAGCCCUGCGUGGCCGAGCUGCUGGGCAGCGCGCUCUUCAUCUUCAUCGGCUGCCUCUCCGUGGUGGAGGAUGCCGGGGGCACGGGGCGGCUGCAGCCCGCCCUGGCGCACGGGCUGGCCCUGGGGCUCACCAUCGCCGUCCUGGGCAACAUUAGCGGAGGUCACUUCAACCCGGCCGUGUCCCUGGGCGUGUGGCUGGUCGGCGGGCUGAACAUCACGAUGCUCAUUCCCUACUGGAUCUCCCAGCUCUGCGGAGGGAUAAUAGGAGCCAGCCUGACAAAGGCCGUGACGACGGACGAGCACUACGCCAACGCCACUGGAGGAGCCUUCAGCGGCAUCGCGGCGGAUGAGCAGAUCCCCUCCGUCCUGGUGGGCGAGAUCGUCAUGACCACGUUCCUGGUGCUUGCGGUCUGCAUGGGUGCCAUCAACGAGGAAACCAAGACCCCUCUGGCACCCUUCUGCAUCGGCCUCACGGUCACGGUCGACAUCCUGGCGGGGGGUGCCAUAUCCGGAGCCUGCAUGAACCCUGCCAGAGCCUUCGGGCCGGCUCUGGUAGCAAACUACUGGGACUACCACUGGGUGUACUGGGUAGGGCCCAUGGUCGCUGGGCUCCUUGUCGGCGCGCUGGUGAGGGUCCUGAUCGGUGACCAGACGACCCGCCUGUUCCUGAAGUGAGGCCCGGCACGCGACUGCGCGUGCUGCCUGCCGGUGGGCCACACUCAGCACGCCCAGCAUGAGCCCCUCAGCCCCUCCGCCUCCCCCCAGGCUCCCCCACCAACCCGCUGGGGGAAGGCUGCUCCCUCGACGCUGCAGACACCAUGGAAAGCGACCCAGGCACCUCCUGCUGCUGCGGAAGCACGCUGUUGGGACGAGCGUGCAGCCGAGACAACCGCGCUCUGAUUGGCACCAGCACCACGGCACUGACCGAGCACCGCGUCCCUCCUGCCAGGGCUGCGUCUGGGCACCUGUGGCACCCCCCGGCUCUGUCCCCCUGUGCUGCUGCUGCUCCCAGGGCCCCCUCUGCUCCCCAGGGCGGGCUGGGGGAGCCGUGGGUGGCCAAGCAAGGAGCCUGCUGUAACACCAGUGCGGCGGCAAAAAGCUGAGUGAAGCAGCAGCAUGGCACGGCUCACCAGUGCUGGCACUAAGAGAGUUCUAAAUUCUUAAUGACUAUUAUUUAAGAGGCUUGAUGCAGCUCCUGGCUGCGUGCCCUCACAUGCAUCUGCAGGGAGCUGCCUGGCCCCAAAUGUGGCGAGGGCACCAUAAAGCUCUCCCUGCUCCUUCAGCACCUCUGCGGCUCCUGUUGCAGCACCCCUGCUGUCCCCUGCAGCGUCCCCUCCCAGUCCAGCCCCAUGGGAGCCCCCGCCCCAGCCUGUGCUGUGGUCAGCUCCGCUCCCUCGCACACGUUCUGGGCUUCUUGCUGCAGAGACCACCAUGGG